UUGUCGAGAUCAUCGAAUUCAAUUUUUAUUUAUUUGUGUUUUGUCAUUUCCCAAAAAAGAGAUGGAAACACGCGACGGAUUGGACAAGGAUGAAUGAAUGAAUGAAGGAUGAAGGAUCGGGAAACGAAGCGGAUCGGGAAAAAACCAUUCAUCAGUCUCAGAGAUAUACCUCCUCUCGAUCCAUCCUCUAUCCCCACUCCCUCUCCCUCUCCCUCUCCCUCUCUCUCUCUGGUAUAUAUUUCCUUUUCAUUAAACCAAGAGCAAUGAUGGUGCAAGAUGAUGAUAUUGCUGGGAGGAAGAGAUUCGAUGAGAAGAGUGAGUUGAAGCUUAAAAAUGUGAUUGAGGUUGACCAAGACAAUGCCUUUUCUUCCUUCUCUAACAUUCAGAUUGAUCCUAACAGCACAAGAACUAGUGUCAUAAGCAUCACACCAGAGAAGAAUAUGCUUGUUCCUCCUAAACCUGAAGAAGCAGCAGACACCAAACCGAAUUCUAAAGAUGAAUCUAAGAGAGGGUCAGCGAAAUCGGUGUUACACGAAAUAUGUGCUUCCAAGCGUUGGAGGCCUCCGCUUUAUGAAUGCUGCAAAGUUGAUGGACCUUCCCAUAUGAGAUUAUUUACAUACAAAGUUGUGGUUGAGAUUAGUGAUUCUCCAGGGAAGACUGUUUUGGAGUGUUUUGGGGAUCCCAUGCGUAAUAAGAAAGCUGCGGCUGAGCAUGCAGCGGAAGGAGCGCUUUGGUAUCUUCAGCAUGUAAGGCAGAACCAGACUAAGCCGGAUCAGGAACUCAUCAUUUAGUCAGAGGAAGUAAUUGGAGAGUUUAGUAUAGUUAUAUAUAUACUUCUAACGAGGGAUGCUUAAACGAUAUCCUUAUCUAUGAGUUGUAAUAGUUUUGAUCUGUAUCAAAAUGUACUGCAAGUGAAUGUUUAAUGAUUGUAACAAUCUCUCUAACAUUAUUCACCAGUCAAUUGUGCCAUUAUAUUUCUUCUUA